UCAAGAUUAUUCACAGAUUACUAGUGAGCGCUCCACGUCACUGAUCGACCACCUUCGUUGACUCAGGACGCAAAUAUUCUCAUGCAACACACGCGGCAGCCAUUUUAAUGCUUACGUAACACAAGCUUCUUCACUAGAAUCGCAGGUUUGAACUACUUAUCUUCUUUUGAUAAUGUUGCCUCAGGAUGUGCUUGAUUCAUUCGCGUAUGCCCCGACUGAUACAACCAAUGAAAACGACUACAGUGGGGCAUACAACAAACUUAUCUUCACCGCGUUCUUUUUGGAUCCCUAUAAGAUGGUCCCAUUCUAUCCCCUUACAGACGAUUAUCCUGCACCUAAAAAAGUCACUCUCGUCGUCCUUACAAUGCAGUGGCAGCCCCUGCUCUUCCUCCAAUUCCAUUUCCCCGAUCAUGUCAACCUCCUGUCGACUAGGAUUGCGGUAGACAACAAGACGAGGCAAAUAUUUCGUAGCCUUUGCCCCACAGCUGUGACACCCAAGCUUCAUGGCGUCAGUGCCAUGGGACAAAAGUUUGCUUUUUAUUCCAUGGAGACGAGCAGUGGCCGUGUAUUCCCUGAUCGUGUUCCAACAGCUGGUGACAGCCCGGAGGUGGACACUGUUCCAGCAAAUAGGUGGGAGUUCGACAUCACGACAGACGCUGGGCAUCGACAGUUUAUGGCGGUUGUAAACGAUAUCAAAGGGAUGGAUGCGAGAACUCAUUGAAUUCACUGCACGUCGCGUCUGACGCAUUCUGACUGGUCUAGAGGAAUCGCGAAUCAUGGCAUGCAUGGUUGCACAAGGUCUUGUGUACUACACAGUAAUCGCGCCAUGUGAAGCUUCCUUGGCAGAGAAAGCCUUCAUACGAAGGAAGGACUAUCUUCCUUCGACAGGUCUGGUUAGGAGACUAGAAGAUAGCAGAGCCCAUAAUAAUGAGUUUGUAGCACCCUGUUAUGACUCC